GAAAGAAGUCAGCCCAGGCCAGUGGCGGGGAACCCAGUUGGGGUUGCGGAAUCGCUGACCAGGGGCAGGGACCAAGGACUGUGGGUAGCAUCCCCUGAGUUACAGGUUGGAACAAACUUGCCUAGCUUCGCGUGGCAGGAGCUCCCAAGUUCACCGGCGAGCAGCGCUUGCAGGCUUGACAAGGUACGGAGCUGAGCGCCGGGCUCCGGCUCGCACUGGGCGCGAGCGGCAAGGGAGGGGGCGGGCGCGCAGGUCCCGCCUCCCUUGGCCGCGUGCACACACACGCCCACCGCGGCUAGGCUGGAGGAGCGCGGGCGAGUGUGAGCGCGGGCGAGUGUGAGCGCGAGUGUGCGCACGCCGCGGGAGCCACUCUGCCCUCUCCUCGCACCCUGCACAGGGCAUCUUGAGAGGCUGGAAACGUGAACAGGCUUAAAGUAUGGCAUGUUGCGAAGAUGGUUUCUGUCCAGAAGGUACCUGCGAUCGUGCUGUGCUCCGGGGUCAGCCUCGCCCUCCUGCACGUCCUGUGCCUGGCGACUUGUUUAAACGAAUCCCCAGGACAGAAUUCAAAGGACGAGAAAUUGUGCCCGGAAAAUUUUACCCGUAUCCUGGACAGUUUGCUGGAUGGUUAUGACAACAGACUGCGUCCUGGAUUUGGGGGUCCUGUUACAGAGGUGAAAACUGAUAUAUAUGUCACCAGCUUUGGACCCGUUUCUGAUGUUGAAAUGGAAUACACAAUGGAUGUGUUCUUCAGACAGACAUGGAUUGACAAAAGACUGAAAUAUGAUGGCCCCAUUGAAAUCCUGAGGUUGAACAAUAUGAUGGUCACCAAAGUUUGGACCCCUGAUACUUUCUUCAGGAAUGGAAAGAAAUCUGUCUCCCACAACAUGACAGCUCCAAAUAAACUUUUUAGAAUUAUGAGAAAUGGCACUAUUUUAUACACAAUGAGACUCACCAUAAGUGCGGAGUGUCCCAUGAGACUGGUGGAUUUUCCUAUGGACGGUCAUGCCUGCCCUUUGAAAUUUGGGAGUUAUGCGUAUCCCAAGAGUGAGAUGAUCUACACCUGGACCAAAGGCCCUGAGAAGUCAGUGGAGGUACCAAAGGAGUCCUCGAGCUUAGUUCAGUAUGACCUAAUUGGCCAGACUGUAUCCAGUGAGACUAUCAAAUCUAUUACAGGUGAAUACAUUGUUAUGACCGUGUACUUCCACCUCAGACGGAAGAUGGGCUAUUUUAUGAUUCAGACAUAUAUCCCAUGCAUCAUGACAGUGAUCCUUUCUCAAGUUUCCUUCUGGAUCAAUAAGGAGUCUGUUCCAGCCAGAACUGUAUUUGGGAUAACCACAGUCCUCACGAUGACCACCCUAAGCAUCAGUGCUCGGCAUUCUUUGCCCAAAGUGUCCUAUGCGACUGCCAUGGAUUGGUUCAUAGCUGUCUGUUUUGCUUUUGUAUUUUCGGCUCUUAUUGAGUUUGCUGCUGUCAACUAUUUCACCAACAUUCAAAUGCAAAAAGCCAAAAAGAAGAUAUCAAAACCUCCUCCAGAAGCUCCAGCUGCCCCAGUACUGAAGGAAAAACAUACAGAAACAUCUCUUCAGAAUACACAUGCUAAUUUGAACAUGAGGAAAAGAACAAAUGCGUUAGUCCACUCAGAAUCAGAUGUCAACAGCAGAACUGAGGUGGGGAACCAUUCCAGCAAGACCGCCGCUGCCCAGGACUCUUCUGAAACCACUCCUAAGGCCCACUUGGCUUCCAGUCCAAAUCCAUUCAGCAGGGCAAAUGCAGCUGAGACUAUCUCUGCAGCAGCAAGAGGUCUUUCAUCUGCCGCAUUGCCCUCUCCUCACGGGACACUGCAGCCAGCUCCUUUGCGGCCGGCGUCUGCUCGCCCGGCCUUUGGAGCUAGACUUGGGCGCGUUAAGACAACAGUUAAUACGACAGGGGUACCUGGGAAUGUGUCAGCCACACCUCCUCCCUCUGCUCCACCACCCUCUGGAUCUGGCACAAGUAAAAUAGACAAAUAUGCUCGUAUUCUCUUUCCAGUCACAUUUGGGGCAUUUAACAUGGUCUACUGGGUGGUUUAUUUAUCUAAGGACACCAUGGAGAAAUCAGAAAGUCUAAUGUAAUUUUGUUGCUAAAGCAAUUUCAUAACAGUGAUGGAAAUACAGACUGUCUUUUUAAAUGUUUUUAAAGGUAAGUAUUCUUUACUAAAAUAAAAAUUCUAUGUAAUUUUUUCACUUUAAAAAAAAUACAAGGCAGAUAUGGAGAGAGUUAAUAAUCUCUUCGGUGGCUAGAAAGUGAACUGCCUUUGCUUAUAGAAAGAAGGUUUUAAAAGAAUCUAUUCAGUGUUCAAAUGAGAUGGAACACAGAGCAUUAUGGAAAGUAGGAGCAAGAGAACCAGAGCCAGGAGGGAUAUAUGGUACACAUUUUUUUGCACUGAAAUUUGAAAAAAAAAAGACUGAAUUUUUUAAAAAUAUAACCCAUGAAAUCAAACAGACACUGAAAACUUCCCAAUGGCACUGCCCUUAACCAGAACUGUGUGCUGGAAGUCAUAUGCAGUGACCUCUGCAGUCUUCAUAGUACCAGCAAAAUAAGACCUUCUCUGUUAAACACAAUGCUGGGAAGAGGAAAACGGAACAAAACAAACACUGAUCAAUACACGACACCUCUGCUGCAUCAGUAACAGACACCGACCAGGGCAAAUGUGUUUUCUGGCACAUAAUUGGUCAAACACUACUUAACAGUUGACUUGAAAUGUUGUGCUUCGAGCCAAAGUUAAAUUCAUUGUAUAAAUUCUUUUUCCUAGUAAGUCAUUCAGUUAUGUACUGUAUACAUUGACCACAUAGUUCCUCAGAGCCUGGAACCUCCUGCGUUCUAGGUGCUGUUUAGAGAAUCUUCUAAGGAAGCUCUCUCACCUUCACAAAGAUACUUCAAUAGUAGGACAGUCAAUGCAUGUUAAAGAACCAUAAUUUAGCCGAGGACAUUAUGUUCUUUAAUGAAGGCCAUUUAGUUAGCGUCAGACAAUAUAGCCAAUAUAUUUGUUUCUCCUGAGCUGACAAAGGAAAAUAAAUACAGUUCUUAUAGCAGCUUGGAGAUAAGUACAUGUUAGUACAAUCUAGAUGAUUGGUUCUCAAACUAUAAGGAAUUACUGAUACAGGUUGUUCUAUAGGUGAAAAAGUAUUAUAUACCUGAAACAUAUAAUUCUGGGCAAUGGAAAACCUAACGUAUUACCUGUGUCAGAUUUGAUUCAGGUCACAUAAUAGUUUGCCCACUGUACCAGAAUCAUCCAAACAAAAGACUGCACAGGCCGUUUGUCUGCUUACCCCAAUAGAGAGUACUACUAACUGCUGAAAUGCUAACGUCCUCCCCAGCUUCUGUGCUCUGAACAUCUGUAUGUCUGGCAUGUUUUGUAUUUGUUUUUCUGAGAGUUUGAUAAGAUUUUAUAACCAAGCUACUUUAAAAAUUAAAGAAGCAACUAGAGAAAGAAGAGAAUAAAAAUAUCAUAGCCUGAGGUGGGAUGUCAGUGAGUGUUAUGCAACAUAUCUGGGUUUUCAAGUGCUGACUUUUCCUUUUCAUCAUGGAGGCUUAAGCCUAAUUGAAUCGUUGCAGCUUUUAAAAUAGCUCAAUCCUGGUUGAUAUUUUUGGUGUUUCACUUCUAGAUUCUUUUUCCUGUAUCUCUACCUGUUCUUGGUAUGUGUAAAUGAAUGUGGUCUGGGUGUGGGAAGGGGAAACAUUUGAUAGAAAUGCCCAUCUUAUAGAAAGAAUCUCUUAUUUUCUGGGGUAAAAUUAUAUUGAUUCAUAUGAGCUUCUGAGUUACUGCAUUGGUUUGUAAUGGUUGCCCAUGAGACUUAUAAAAAUUGAAAAUGUCAAAUUUUAAUUGACUUCCAACUGAGAAUUCGUUCUUUUUUUUUAUUUCUAAAUGUUUUGUAGAAUUAAAUCCACUUUAAAGUUGAAAGAUGUUGAAGACAUCUUUACUUAUAAAUUGAUUCUAGCAAAAUGGGGCCUGGGAAAAUCUGUAAAUAUGUUUAUACAUUUAAUAAAAAGUACUUGUACAUAAAAUCUUAUAAUAAAAUCAUUUCAUGAGUGUUAAAA